GAGUCAGCCGCGGUCCCAGCGUUCCCCGCGCGGGCGACGAGCGGGGAUCCGGUGACUCACCUCCGCCGCGCUAACUCUCCCCCGUCUUCCCUCAUACACGCUCACGCCCGGCUCGAUAUGGCGGCGGCGGCGGCGGCGGCGGCGGCGGCUGGGGACUCCGACUCCUGGGACGCGGACACGUUCUCAGUGGAAGACCCGGUCCGGAAGGUGGGGGGCGGCGGCACGGCCGGCGGGGACCGCUGGGAGGGCGAGGACGAGGACGAGGACGUCAAGGAUAACUGGGAUGAUGAUGAUGAUGAAAAAAAAGAAGCAGCAGAAGUAAAACCAGAAGUAAAAAUUUCAGAAAAGAAAAAAAUAGCAGAGAAAAUAAAAGAGAAAGAACGGCAGCAGAAGAAAAGGCAAGAAGAAAUUAAAAAGAGAUUAGAAGAACCUGAAGAACCUAAAAUGCUAACACCAGAAGAACAGUUAGCAGAUAAACUGCGGCUUAAGAAAUUACAGGAAGAGUCUGACCUCGAAUUAGCAAAAGAAACUUUUGGUGUUAAUAAUACAGUUUAUGGAAUAGAUGCUAUGAACCCGUCCUCGAGAGAUGACUUCACAGAGUUCGGAAAGUUACUAAAAGAUAAAAUUACACAAUAUGAAAAGUCACUAUAUUAUGCCAAUUUUCUGGAAGCCUUAGUUCGAGAUGUUUGUAUUUCAUUGGAAAUUGAUGACUUGAAAAAGAUUACCAAUUCAUUGACUGUACUCUGCAGUGAGAAACAGAAGCAAGAAAAGCAAAGCAAAGCCAAAAAGAAGAAGAAAGGUGUGGUUCCUGGAGGGGGAUUAAAGGCCACCAUGAAAGAUGAUCUGGCAGAUUAUGGUGGUUAUGAUGGCGGAUACGUACAAGACUAUGAAGACUUCAUGUGACGUCUUAUCUUCUCCUGGUGUCUUCUUUCUGUUGCCCACAGUCCCUUCAACAUGUAGCACAACUUCCUUUCCUUUCAGUUCUGCCAAAUGCUACAAUCAGAAGUGCAGUAUCUUUUGUGCUGGUUACUUAAUCCCUUGACACUUAGGUGCUAAUGUGCAAAUGAUGGAACUUGGAUCUUGUUGCCAAGGGGUUAAAAUUGGGAACCACUGUUGUCACUAAAUCAUAGUUUUAAAAAACAAACCUAAUGAUGUUGUCAUUGUUGCUAUCUGAUUCCAUAGCAGCAGUCACUAAAUUGGAAACAAAGGUUGCAACAUGACAAAAAAAUUGUGUAGUCUUUACCAGCACCGUUCAGUAAUACAGCCUUAACCAUACCUCCUUGAACUACUUCAUACCUUGUCAAGAAAAGCGGUCUGCUGCAAGGGCAUGUGGUGUGCACCUAGUAUUAACAUUGCUUUGUCUUAAAAUUGAGCGUGAGGAUAUUAAAAAUACAUUGUGAAGAAGACUGAUAAUCUCAGAGUGAAGAUACGGCGGCUGCAAAGCACUAGUUUGAUACUUAAUUAAAUGACCAAAACCCUCCAACUUUGAAGCUCAAGAAGGUAAACCUCUCCAUGAUUGCAUUACACGUUGUGGAAUCUCUGGGCUGCAUAGACUGUCUAGUUUCUAUUUAUCAGACUAUUGUACUGACAGAGUGCUUCAGCUGGGGGAGGGAAAGUCCUCACCUGUUUUAUUUGUAAUUGUCUGAAAAACAAAUCUUCCUUUGUUCUCCAGGGCUGCAGUGGAGCAACUUUAACUGGGUUUUGGCAUUUCCUUUCCUUUAUAAAACAUGCUCAGCAAACUGCACCAGUUAACUACACAGUUUGGUAAAUUGUUAUGUUAACAAUUAUGACAUCUGCAAUGUUUUAUAAAGCAACUAAUUUAAUAAAGUCACUAUUGUGAGGACUUAAAUUUUGUGUUACCUCCCAAGAGAUAUUUUUGGAGAGUAUAGAACAAAAGCUCUUGGGACUAGAGUUCUCUAUAUACUUACAAAGCUUUAUAAGUGGUUGAUGAGUAGAUGUAGUUUUAGAAGAAAAGUGAUUUGCAAAGUCCUUAAUAGUGUCUCUCUAGAGCAACAAAGGUAUAGAGCUGCACUCCUCUUAUUUAUUUGGAGAAAUUAUUUGGUUGCUUAGAUACUGAGGCCUAAUUAAAUACCUAGACAUAUUUAUUUGGAGUAACUGAGCUUAUAUAACUCAGGUGAUGGCUGUAUGCAGAGACUGGGUGAUCUUCUCUAUUAUAUAUAUAUAUAUAUAUUAUAGUAAUCAAUUUAACCAAAUCUGUGGUUAGAGUCUUUGUUUGAAACUGCCACGGAAUCAAAAAUAGGGACAGAGCAAGUAUUUUAAAUUUCUCUUACAUAGGAGUGGGAGCCUCAAUCAGAGCUCUGUAGACCACCUAGUGGAGACAGGGCCGUCAAAUGAUUUGAGGAAUCUAUAGAAGGCAGUGACUCUACAGCAAUAAUUACAGCCAAUAAAGAUUGCUUCCUUCAAGGCAGCCAAGGGCUAAGAUUUCCUUAGCAUUAAUAAUGACAUACACUGAAUUUAAAAUCUAUUUUAUUAUAGAGAUCAGUUUCUAACAAAUGGAAAUGUAUCAUCUGUUUCCUCAACUGUGUAAAUAAUAUUAAAUUCCUUUGAAACUGGAA